ACGUGUCAGAGCUGUCUUCGAGCAAAACACCGCGAGAUGUCGGAACGGAACGUCCUGCAUCGUGCAGAUCGACAUUCGGCGCCUGACGCCGCACCAGCACGUCACUGCGCGCCCCGCCUGCUCCUUUAACUCAUACUCUACCUUCCCGCUACUUAUACCCUCCUCGACGCUGGGGGACGUCGCCGUCGCUCAGCCUAAUCAUGCAAGUCUCGCGUGCUCGCUUUGUCGUCGGAAGAAGCCUGGUCAAGUCUCGGCCGACGGUCCUCACGACCCAAACCCGACUGCUAUUCAUAAGACGGCCCGCAUCGACAGAGUCCGCACCGAUUGCUCCGCCCCCUCCACUUUUCAAGCGCGCGUGGAAUCGCUUCCUUCAGAUCACCGGCACCGUCACGCUCUUGAGCGUUGGCACGACAUGUCUCUUCUACUACUUUGCGCAGCGGGACAAGCUGCCGGGACACCAGCUCCCUCAUGACCCAGAGAAAAAGACACUCGUCAUCUUGGGGAGCGGUUGGGGCGCGACUAGUGUGCUUAAGACGCUUGAGACGGACGAUUACAAUGUGAUCGUCAUCAGCCCGAAGAAUUAUUUCUUGUUCACUCCGCUCUUGCCGAGCGUUGCGGUGGGAACAUUGAACCCACGGUCCAUCAUUCAGCCGACACGUUACGUCACACGACACAAAAAACGACAGGUUGCCGUGAUCGAGGCAUCUGCUACGGAAGUUGAUCCCAUUGCGAAGACGGUCAAAUUCGAAGAUACCUCGGAGAUCCAAGGACUCGUCUCGAAUACGACUAUCAGCUAUGACUACCUGGUCUUUGCUGUCGGCGCGGAAGUGCAGACCUUCAAUAUCCCUGGUGUCCGAGAACAUGCUUGCUUCAUGAAGGAACUGGAGGACGCAGAGAAGAUGCAACGUCACUUCCUGGACUGCUUAGAGUCGGCCGCUUUCCCAGGCCAAUCACAAGAAGAAAUUAACCGGCUACUUCACAUGGUCGUAGUCGGUGGUGGUCCUACUGGUAUUGAAGUCAGCGGUGAGAUCCACGACUUCCUCGAGGAAGAUCUCCGGUCAUGGUAUCCCGAGCUCGCGAACAGCGUGCACAUCACGCUCGUCGAGGCGCUGCCUUCCGUGCUCCCCAUGUUCAGCAAGCAGCUGAUCGAGUAUACCGAGUCGACGUUCAAGGAGCAAAAUAUUGACAUCCUGACCAAGACUAUGGUGAAGGAAAUCAAGGAGAAGAGUGUUGUUCUCCAAAAGCCAGACAAGACCAUUGUCGAGAUCCCGUGCGGGCUUGUCAUCUGGGCUGCAGGCAACAAGCUGCGCAAAGUCACACAGGACCUGAUGGGCAAGCUCCCGCAGUACCAGACGAACAGGCGCGGUAUCACAGUCGAUGAUCAUCUCCGUAUGGUUGGUACUGAUGGGAGCAUAUUUGCGGUCGGCGACUGCGCCGCGACAUCGUACGCCGCUACGGCCCAGGUCGCGUCGCAACAGGGCUCGUAUCUCGCACGUAUCCUUGUGCAAAUUGCGAAGAAGGACGCGCUCGAGGCGCAAUUGCAUGCUUUGGAGAGUGCGCCGGUGACGGAGGAAAGGGAGGCGGAGAAACACAACAUCGAAAAGCAGCUCAAGAAGGUGGAAAAUCUCCGGCCUUUCAAGUAUUCUCAUCAGGGCUCGCUGGCAUACAUCGGCUCGGACAAGGCCAUUGCGGACUUUCCGUUCUUCAAUGGCAACCUGGCGACAGGGGGUGUAGCCACGUACCUCUUCUGGCGCAGCGCGUACAUAAGCACGCUCUUUUCGCUGAGGAAUCGCACGCUUGUCGCGACAGACUGGAUCAAGGUUAAGCUCUUCGGACGUGAUGUGAGCCGAGAGUGAUCUUUCGUUUUAUGCGAUGGGUUAGGGCAUCGCGCUCAUAUUAAAAGGCGCGUGAACGAUGACCAUUAGACUAUUUACGACUCGACUAGUUAUUGCAAAGAAACUUGGCUAGCAUGUGGGAUCCGGUCACAUACGGUAAUUAAUGUCACCCCAAACGACGCGAUGCGUCGCGCGGGCGUGGGUAUAUGUCGU